UCUCUCUCUCUCUCUCUCUCUCUCUCUCUGAUCUCUUCUCAGUCUUCGGCCAUGGAUCAGCUUCCAAAGCGCCCAGCAAACUUCACCCAACUCACUCCUCUCACCUUCUUGCUCAGAGCUACUUCCUCUUACCCUAAUCGCAUCUCCAUCGUUCACGAAUCCUCUCGCUUCACUUGGCCUCAAACUUAUCAUCGUUGUCGUCGUCUCGCUUCCUCUCUUCGCUCCCUCAACAUAUCCAAACACGAUGUCUUUGAUUGUGUACAUGUUCAGGUUUCGGUUUUGGCGCCUAACAUUCCUGCAAUGUACGAGAUGCAUUUCGCUGUGCCUAUGGCGGGUGCUGUGCUCAACACCAUCAAUACUCGUUUGAACGCUAACAAUAUCGCCGCCAUUCUGCGUCACGCUCAAGCCAAAGUGCUGUUCGUGGACUACGAGUACGUGCCCAAGGCUCGUGACGCGCUUCGUUUGCUCCUGACUGAUAACAAUUCGUCACUUCCUCUUGUCAUCGUCAUCGACGACAUCAACUCGCCGACGGGGAUCAGGCUGGGAGAGCUGGAAUACGAGCAACUGGUUCGUCAUGGUGAUCCGAAUUAUGUUACAGAGGAAGUUCAAGAUGAAUGGGAUCCGAUUGCUUUGAAUUACACAUCAGGAACGACUUCGGCGCCUAAAGGAGUUGUUUACAGUCACAGAGGCGCUUACCUCAGUACUCUGAGCUUGAUUCUCGCAUGGGAAAUGGGAAGUGAACCGGUUUACUUAUGGACACUUCCCAUGUUUCACUGCAAUGGCUGGACCUUCACGUGGGGCGUGGCGGCGCGCGGUGGCACCAACGUCUGUCUCCGGAACGUCACAGCGUCUGGAAUCUACAGAAACAUAGCCCUUCACGACGUGACCCACAUGUGUUGUGCUCCCAUCGUCUUCAGCAUCAUGCUAGAGGGGAAGCCAGAAGCGGAGUUGAAAUCUCCGGUUAAGAUAUUCACCGGAGGAGCCCCGCCUCCGCCGGCUCUCCUCGAACAGGUCGAAUCCUUGGGGUUUCACGUGACUCAUGGGUACGGGCUGACGGAGGCGACGGGACCGGCACUGAUAUGCGAGUGGCAGAAGAGCUGGAACCAGCUUGAGAGAAAGCAAAAGGCAGGACUGAAAGCUCGUCAAGGAAUAAGCAUAUUAACAAUGGCGGACGUGGAUGUGAAAGACUCGAGGACGAUGAAGAGCGUACCGCGAGACGGUAAAGCCAUGGGAGAGAUCGUUCUGAGAGGAAGCGGGAUAAUGAAAGGUUAUCACAAUGACCCCGAAACUUCCUCAAAAGCUUUCCAAAAUGGCUGGUUCUGGACCGGUGAUGUGGGGGUGAUACACCCAGAUGGGUACGUCGAGAUCAAGGACAGGUCAAAGGACGUGAUUAUAUCCGGCGGAGAGAACAUCAGCAGCGUGGAGGUUGAGUCGGUGCUUUACACGCAUCCGGCAGUGGCGGAGGCGGCGGUGGUGGCAAUGCCUCACCCAAGGUGGGGGGAGAGUCCAUGUGCAUUCGUGGCGUUGAAGAAGAAGAAGUUGGAAAAAGUUGUGGACGAAGGGCAGAUCGUACGUCAUUGCCGGAAAAAGUUGCCGUCUUUUAUGGUUCCGAAGGCAGUGAAGUUUAUGGAGGAGCUGCCAAAGACGUCGACGGGGAAGAUUCAGAAGUUUGAAUUGAGGGAGAAGGCCAAGGAAUUGGUCGCAGCAUCGGAGAUUAAUACAGCAAAUAAGACGAAGAAGAACAAGUGUAGCCAUGGAGUUAAUAACCAAAAUAUUGGAGGAGAUAAUAGUGCGCAGAUUUUGGCUCACUCUCGUCUGUGAGUCUGAAACCUUUCAAUUGGAGAGUUUCAGACAAGUUCCCUGUGCACUGUGAGAAUACCAGAUUUUCGAUUUUCCUUUAAUAUAAAUAUAUUUAUAUGUGCAGUUAUUUUCAAUAUACAUAUAGGGGCCAGAAAAAAAACAGAAAAAAUUGGUGGAAAGUACCUUUUAAAAGAAAAAUUAGUCCCAAUAUAUAAUUGUGUUUGAAGGACCAAAAGUUAAUAUUUUAUUCAUUAAAUAAAUUGAACAAAUGACUAAAAUACCCCUCUCUUUAAAUCAAUAAAAUUUAAAAAAAUAAAAUAAAAGCUACUUGUUCAACACAUAUAACCUAAGUCAAGAACUUUGCACUCAAGUCAGAAAUCUAUACCCCAAGCCAAUAAUUUUGUACUUUAGUUAGAAGCCUUACACCCUAACCCAUAACCUUGCACUCAAGCCAAAAGUCUUAACCUUGAGCCAUAAGCCUUGUACUUCAAGUUAAAAGCCUUGCACCCAAGCAAUUUAGGGAUGUAAGGCUUUGAUCAUUUUAUUCAUUUUUAUUUAGAAUAUGAAUAUUCUUCUUAUUUUUAUUUUCAUUAACUUUGAUCAAUUUAAGGGGAGCAAGAAAAUAGAUGGGUUAAUGAGAACGAUGGAGAAUCUCUUUUUUUCGCAUCACAGCCUCUCAGGACAAUAAUCAUAUAUACACUUUCCAGUGGCGAAAGGAAAAGAAAUCAUAAAGUAAAAUAUACCAACCAUCCUUUUAUUAUAUCUUAAUUAUACAACCAUCUUUUUUUAUUUUAAAAACUCAUAUAAGAUCUCUUAAAAUUAAAAUAUAUGAUACAUAAACCUUCUGUAUAUAUUUGAGAUUCUAUUUUCAUCCAUUUAAUUGUCAGUUGACUGUUAAAUUUGAUUCUUAAAUUUUUAAUUUGACCAAAAUGUCCCUCUUUAAAGUCAGAAUUAUUUAAAAAUCUAUAUUUGCCAAAAAAAAUUUUGUAUGCAAUUACGGAAAUAUAAAAAUUAUACUUUCAUAAUUUUACUACAUUAUAAAAUAUGUUAAUUUUUAUAAUAUUAGAAAAUUCUAA